GAUCUCUCGUCUUCGAAAGAAUCGUUCGCGCAUCGCUCGACGUUUUUAAUGGUGUCGUGUAAAAACAAAAAAAAGGAAGAUACACAAAUAAAUAGAUAUAUAUAUAUGUAUAUGUAUAUAUAUAUAUAUAUAGAGAGAGAGAGAGAGAGAUUCCGAGUGCGUGCAUGCGUACGCGCGUGUGUGAAUCGCGUCGGUCUUUCGGCCGCGCUGCUUCCGAUCAUGUUCGACGAUCAGUACCAGCUGACUCGUUGGUCGGCACGCAACGUUUCGCGACGAUGUGUCACUCGUUCGAAUAAUUCCGACGCCAAUAAUAGUAAUACCUUGUACAACGAUAAAAAGGAGGAACGUUGCGAGGAAGAAAAGGAAGAAGAAGAAGAUAAAGAAAAUUUGGAAGAGGGAAGAGAAAGUGGUUCUAUUCUAUUAUAAUCCUAUAUACGACACUUCUUGCGCCGCCACCAACGUCGCUUCCUUCUUCUCCUCCUCGGAUACUUUGCUAGUCGCGCGCGAGUGCGCGCGCGCGCGCGCAUAACCGACCAACCAACCAACCAACCGACCGACCGACCGACCCGACCCGACCGAACCUAACUCCUUCCCACCCUCUGACACUUUUUCCGAUCGUACAGUGCCAGACGAGAACUAUAUGCGACGUUCGUAACAGAGAGAUACACAUAUAGAUCGACAAAGUUUUCACGUCGGUCGAUGAUCGUCGACGAUAUCGUGAUCUUUAGUGCUUCUUCCUUCGCUCGUCUUUCUCUGUUUCUCUCUCUCUCUCUCUCUCUAUGUGCGUGCAAGUGUAUAUUUCCAUCAUCCUCUCCCUAUAGUUUAACUUACCUCUCGUAUCGCUCUUUGUACGAGACAGCGAGCGAGCGAGAGAAAGAAGAAAGAACGUGUGUGCGAAUACGUGUUACGCGCUGCUUGCACACACGCAUGCACGGACACACGCGCGCGCGCGGAUGCACACAUAGAGCCAACUCAUUCUCUCGUUCGCGUUGUGUUCGACGCACGACGCGUUCCCUCCCAACCACGUGGGUUUAACAAUGCUCCCGCUCGAUGCGAAUGUUGCUGCAAAGAAGACAGGAAAUUCAUCCUCCAGAAGAUACGAUUCAGACGCAUCCUCGCGUACUCAUGUUUUCGACGACGACAACGACGACGAGGACGACGACGAGGACGACAACGGUGGCAACAACGACGACGACGAGGACAACGACGACGACGGCGAGGACGAGGCUGACGAAGACGAGGAUGUUGUUCGAGCUGGAGCGGUAUAGGCUGACGAAGAUGACGAUAGAGUUGCACCGGUGGAAGUAGAUAGACACCUUCCAGCGAGAGAACGAUUAGUUGUCCGCGACGAUAGGAGGAGGAGGAGGAGGAGGAGGAGGAGGAGGAGGAGGAGGAAGAGGAGGAGGACGCUCGAGAGGAGAGAAGGAAGGAGAGCAAAGCAAAGUUGAAAGUGUUGUGUAUGUUUGUGUGUGUAUAUGCGCGCGCGCGCGCGCGUCUGUGUAUGUGCGUGUACAGAGAGAGAGAGAGAGGAGGGGAAGAAGCAAGAAACGGUGUUCACGAGAGAUAGAGAGAAUCGUGGAGCCAGCAGAAGCAAAAGAAGCAGCAGCAGCAGCAGCAGCAGCAGCAGCAGCAGCAGCAGUAGACUGGUGUCCAUGAGACAAGAAGAUGAGAAGGAUGAAGCUGGUGCUAGUGCUACUCUGUGUCCUGGCGCCUUUGGCAACGUGCCAACGACAAGAGAGGUGGUCGACGACGUCGGUGGCUCGGAGCAAGCAUCGAGACAAGACAGCCAAGGGCAAGUACGAGCCAGAUUACGACGCAGCCAGGAGGACAAGUAGAUUCGGUGAACUCUUUGAGAAUGAACACGAGUUCACCCUUUCUAGGAGGAGCAGGGCCAUCGAUUCUAACAGGCCGGUUGACACCGCCGGUUCGAGCAAAAACUAUCAAUAUUCCUCGCACUCGUCGAAAUCACGGGGGAAAUCUAGCGAGGAGAUACGUGAGAACAGUCGAAGAACGAAAAACGUAACGAUAGGCGAUGGUAUAUGUCAGAGCAUCGACAUUAGGAACAAUGUUUACAACUUUGAUAUACUCGAAAAUUGUCACGUGAUCGAGGGCUUCCUACAGAUCGUCCUGAUCGAGAACAAUACCGAGGCUGACUUUCAAAACCGUACCUUUCCGAAGCUACGAGAGAUCACCGGUUAUCUCCUACUCUAUCGGGUUUACGGAUUGAAGAGCCUGAACAAUCUCUUCCCGAAUCUCGAGACCAUCAGGGGAAAUAUACUGCUUACAGAUUAUGCAUUUAUGGUAUACGAGAUGCAAAACCUGCAGGAGAUCGGCUUGAGGAAACUGACGAAAAUCUCGAGGGGUGGGGUAAGGAUCGAGAAAAAUCCAGCCUUGUGCUACACCAAUACGCUAAAUUGGACCGCUAUCGUUACGGCCGGGGACAAUUUUAUCAAGGACAACAGCAACGAAAGUUCGUGCCCGAGUUGUUCGCAAUGUCCCGACGGGUUUUGUUGGACGGCCCAACAUUGUCAAGUAACGAACAAAACGAAGUGUCACCAUCAGUGCCUUGGGGAAUGCUACGGUAAAACGGAGAGCGAUUGCUACGUCUGUAAACACUAUCGGCACGAAGGGAAGUGCGUCGAGAACUGUCCGGAUCAUUUAUACGCAUAUAUAUCAAGGCGAUGCAUAACGAAAGACGAAUGUCUAAAAAUUAAUCACUUGCGGAAAAUAUCGAAAAUCGAGGACGAACAAAAAUGGCGACCCUUCAAUGGUUCGUGCCUCACGCAGUGUCCCGAGGGUUACGAGGAUCACAUCGACGAGAACAAGAUGAUAACCUGUCGAGUUUGCAAGGACCGAUGCCGUAAGAUAGGAAAGAGCGCGAUCAUAAGGCACAUCUCGGACGCCCAAGUAUUUCGAGGAACGACCGUGGUGAACGGAGCUUUGGAAUUCCAAAUAAGAAACGGUAAUCCAAACAUCAUGCAAGAACUGACCGAAGCUUUCGGUCUGAUCGAGGAGAUUACCGAAUACGUCAAAGUGACUCACUCCUUCCCGAUCACGUCGUUGGGCUUCUUCAAAAAACUCAAGGUCAUCAAGGGCGAGAAAUUGGACAUAAACAACGCGAGUUUGAUCGUAUUGGACAAUCCGAAUCUCUCCAACCUCUUUCCGCCGAACCAGAAGAUCGUCAUACAGAACGGCAGACUGUUCUUUCAUUACAAUCCGAAGCUUUGCAUGUCCAAGAUCGAAGAACUUGGCCAAAUGGUGGGUAUAAGGGACUUCAGCAAUCUCGAGGUGCAACCGGAAUCCAACGGGGAGAAGGUAGCGUGCGAUGUCGUCAACAUAAACAUCACGGUUAAGGAAAAAGGCUCGAGUUACGUAAAUCUGAUUUGGGACAGUUACAAGCCGCCCGAGGAACAGCAAUUGUUGAGCUAUCUCUUGAGUUACAUAGAGACCGAGAACGAGAACAUCACUUACGAAGCCAACGCCUGCGGUAAUAACACGUGGCAGAUCGUUGACGUGGACAUACCGAACGGUAAUACGUCGCUCCUGCAGACGGUAUCGAAGCACAUUUCGGGCCUAAAGCCGUACACGAAAUAUGCCGUUUACGUGAAAACGUUCACGACGAGAAACGAAAGUUUUUCGAAAUCCCGCAGUAGUCCCGUGGGUCAGUCGGAGAUCAUAUUUUUCAGAACGAAGAGUGACAUACCUUCUAUGCCGACCGACGUUGUUUCUAGUUCGAUAAGCGAUACCGAGAUCGUGGUAAAGUGGAAUCCACCGGAGCAACCAAACGGUCCUAUCGGUUACUACAUGAUAUCCGGUUUCUUGAGACCGGACGACGCCGAAUUUCUUUCCUCCAGAGAUUACUGCAACUACGGUCUGAUCAGUGAACCCGAGCUGGAGGAAGUACAGGAAGUUACUGCUAAAAUACCGAUCGUUGGCCCGUCCUCCUGCUGUUCCAAAGACGAGUCUACAAAAGCGCCGACGUCGAAGAAGUUCGAGAUACUCUGCAACCAAAAUCUCGGGAUAAGUCACGUUUCUGCCGGUUGGAAAAAUUAUUGCGUCUUCAACAGAUACAACUCGAUGAACGAGUCCGUGCACAGAUUGGAAAACGAUCCGUCGAGUGUCGACGACGAAACUUUCGUCUACAACGUCAGCGCCAAGGAAAAUGCAUUUCGUUUGAAGAAUCUGCGACACUUCUCUUUGUACACCAUCUCCGUUGCUGCCUGCGGAGUCAAACUUCGGGAGGACCUACAGAUGUGCUCGUCCGUGCAAUACACCAACGCUCGAACGAGGAAACGCGAGAAGGCCGACGACGUUGGCAACGUCAAAACUCACAUCGCCAAUAAUUCGAUCGUCGAGGUUUCUUGGGAUACCGUUAGAAAUCCCAAUGCCCUCACUCUGAGCUAUACGGUAGAAUAUACGAAUUUAGACGUAAAGGACGCGAAGAAAAGUACGGAGUGCAUACCGUACGUAGGACGCGGCGAAGAACGCAAGACUCACGACAUUAAGAACUUGAGUCCAGGUCAUUACAGUCUCCGAGUACGUUCGACCUCCUUAGCCGGAGACGGUAACUUCUCCGAGACGAUUUAUUUUUCCGUCGGACUCCUCAACGAUAACCCCAUAGUAUUAAUAUCUUUGCUGAUCUUUGGCUUCUUUACCGUUUUCAUUAUAAUCGGAUAUAUUUAUCUUAGAAAUCGUCAGAAGAAGAAGAAGCAGGAGAGAUUGAUAGCCAGCGUAAAUCCUGAUUACAUAGAGACAAAGUACAUCAUCGACAGUUGGGAGGUACCUAGAGAGAGCGUCGAGAUAUUGGAAGAGCUUGGUCUUGGUAAUUUCGGAAUGGUGUGUCGCGGUCGUUUGGAUAACAGCAUCGACGUAGCGAUAAAGACCAUCUCCGAGACGGCCAGCGAGCGCGAGAAGAACGAGUUCUUGAACGAGGCCUCGGUCAUGAAAAAUUUCUCUACCUUUCACGUAAUUAAAUUAUUAGGUGUCGUUAGCAUUGGAAAUCCGCCGUUCGUCGUAAUGGAGCUAAUGGAGAACGGAGAUUUGAAGACCUAUUUGCGCCGUAUACGAGACACGCAUUUCGUACCGAACGCAUCGAGAAUAAUAAGAAUGGCGGCCGAGAUAGCGGAUGGCAUGGCUUAUUUGGAGUCGAAGAAAUUCGUUCAUCGUGACUUGGCUGCCAGGAAUUGCAUGGUCUCCAAGGAUUUGGUUUGCAAGAUCGGAGACUUUGGCAUGGCCAGGGACAUAUACGAGACCGAUUAUUACAAGAUCGGUAAGAAGGGACUUUUGCCGAUAAGAUGGAUGGCGCCGGAGAAUCUUUCGGACGGCGUCUUCACGUCCGACUCGGACGUCUGGUCGUUCGGUGUGGUUCUCUACGAGAUAUUAACGCUCGCCGAAAUACCGUAUCAAGGUUUUUCCAACGAGGAGGUAUUGAAUUACGUUUUGCACAAGGGCUCCCUCGGUAUACCAAGAAACUGUCCGGAAAACAUUCAAAAGAUCAUGGAGAAGUGUUUCAAGUGGCGACCGAACGAUCGUCCAACGUUCAUGGAGAUCGUCGCGGAAUUGGAACCUUUUCUCGGUCAGGACUUUUGUGAGAAAUCCUUUUAUCACUCCGAGGAGGGUGUCGAGAUACGCAGUCUUGGCAUCAAGAAGGUCUAUCAUCACGCCGCACCGAUACGUUUUCAUUGGGGCAACGAGACCGCUCGAUGGGUUCGAGAAUUCGAGGACAACGUGACGCUUCUCGAUCAGACGAAGGCCGGCACCAGUCGAGGACGCAUAUUCAAGAAUGGCUUUCAACACUUCGGUAACGUUACCAAUAUGGAGGAAGUUCCUCUCGAUCGAUGAAAUUUCUUUCGUUAGAUUCGCGUCGCUUCAUCGAAGGUAGAGUAUAUACACACACACACACACACACAUAUAUAUAUAUAUAGAGAGAGAGUCAUCGUGUGUUGCCGUUUGGUCUCGCGCGUAGUAUCAAUAUGGGAAAAAAACGUAAAUAAUAACGUACAAACAUACACUCAGGGCAAUGAUAGGAGGGCUAAGAGGAAAAUGAAAGAAAACAACAAACAAACAAAGGGAUAAAUAUUAUAAAUAAUAAAAGACACGCAGGUAAGUACGAUCGUUUAAGUCGGAUGAUUAUUUCCGUUCUCUUCCUCGGCGGGACCAGACGCGAUCCUUUUCUAAUCUCGUCUCGAAACGACGAAAGACUUAAUAGGACAAUUAAUUUAAUACUUACUACUUUAGUUAUAAAGCAUAUCGCCUAUUCGUCUAUCUAUGGAAGUCACGGUUCAUGGACACCGAUCUAAAAGGUAAUUUAAGAUCGAUUCACCCUUACCCGCGUUUCACUUUCCUCUAGCAUUAUCAAAAGCUCGAAGCCUUUCGAUAUCGUUCAUUCCUAGAAAGCAAAAAGAGAGCUUAUAAUUAGCUUAGCGAUUUUCUAGAACUUGAAGACAGAGUAUUUUAUUCGAAAUAUCGUCAAGUUUUACCACAGAGUUCCUUCUCGCAUAUAUACCCUUCUAUACGAGAUACGUUAAUUCGUAGUUUGGAAAUUCUAUAUAUAGUACAUACAAUAAAUAUAUAUAGCCGCACUAACAAUUCAACUAAAUGCACUAAGCGACCGAUGCGAAUCGUAGAUGAUUUUGUCUGAAGUAGAAAAAGACGAUUUCCCAUAUACAUAUAUACGUAUGUACAUAGAUACAUACAUACAUAUAUAUAUGUAUGUAUACAUGUAUAUAUAUGUGUGUAUAUAUGUAUAUGUAUAUGUAUAUGUAUAUGUAUACUAGUACAUAUAUACAUAUAUAUAUAAUAAUCAUUGCAAUAAGUAGUCCGUGAUCGUUGCAAUAAUCAUAUAGAUAUCAUAGAACCGAGUAAUAGCCGAAUAAUAAUGAGAAAUUUAAGGAUUCAAAUAUUGCGAGCACAAAACAAAUUUGUCAUUGUUCGUUAAAUUUCGUCGUAUUCGACGAUAUUCAAAUUCAUAGUCUCUAAUACUAAGUAUACGAAAAGAAAACUCGAAUGAACGAGCAAAGUGGAUGAUCUAAUCAAAAAUCGUUGCACGAUAGUAUUCCAUGUAGGACUUCUACGUAUUUUUUUACAUCACCGUAUCAAUAGCUCACAGCAAUAAAUGAUUAAAAAGAAGAUAGAAAGAAGAAGAAAGAGAGAGAGAGAAAAGAGAAUGAAUGUUGCGUGUGUAUAAGUCUGUAUGAAAGAGAAAAAGAGAGAAAGAAUUUAACAAACGAAAGUAAUAGCUUACAAUCCCGCACGAAUCAACCAAAUUGAAAUUUCAUCAAGCAAUAUCCAGAGCAAUUUCGUUUUAAUUUAAAUCGCAAAUAGCAAUAUAUCGAUAGCUCGAUAGAUUACAAUCGCGAUCGCGAAAGGAAAACAUAUAUCGAGGGGCGUGCCAAAGAGAAAAGAAAAAAAAAAUUAAAAAAAAGAUAUAAAAAUUAAAAUUAAAAAAAAAAAUUAAAAAGGAAUAAAAAAAAAAAGAAAAAAAAAAAAGGAACGCCCAUA